AUGAAAUCCCUCGUCCUCGCCUUGUUGUUCGCCACUCUUCUUUUCGCCAGCACACUCGUGUUGGCAUCUGAACGCGAUCUCACUGCUACCGAGUUGAGUCAAAUCAUGACUGGACUCCCAGAAUCGAGAGCUCGUGAAUAUGUUGGACCUUUGAAUGAAGCCAUGAGAAGUGCUGGAAUUAACACUCCUGCCAGACAAGCUGCUUUCUUGGCUCAAUUAGGACAUGAAUCUGGAAAUUUGAGAUGGUUCAGAGAAUUUGCUAGCGGAAGAGCCUAUGAAGGAAGAAGAGAUUUGGGAAAUACUCAAGCAGGUGAUGGUGUGAGAUAUAAGGGAAGAGGUCCAAUUCAAAUUACUGGACGAGCUAACUAUCGUGCUGCUGGUAGAGCUUUGGGUGUUGAUUUGGAGAACAAUCCACAACUCGCUGAAGAUCCACGUAUUGGAUUCAGAACUGCUGCUUGGUAUUGGAAUUCUCGUAAUUUGAAUCAAUACGCUGACAGACAAACUCAAGAUGCUUUCGAUACCAUUACUCGAAGAAUUAACGGAGGUUACAAUGGAAAGGCUGAUCGUGAUGCCAAGUACAGAGCUGCUCAACGUGUUUUGGGUAGAAAUGGUCCAAAUGACAAUGCUGCUCAACCAGAACCAAGACCAGAACCAAGACCAGAACGUCCAUCCACCAGACCAGAACGACCAACUCGUCCAACAAGACCAGAACGUCCAUCCACAAGACCAACCAGACCAACAAGACCAACAAGACCAACAAGACCAACUCGUCCAACCAGACCAACUAGACCAACUCGUCCAACUCGUCCUACUAGACCUUCUCGUCCAACAAGACCAUAUAGACCUUCUCGUCCAACAAGACCAUACAGACCAACUCGUCCAACUCGUCCAACCAGACCAUACAGACCAACAAGACCAUACAGACCAAGCCAAUCUUAUGGUAGAAGACCAACCUAUAACAGAAGACCAACUCAAUCAUAUGGAAGAAGACAACCAUCCAGAUCUUCAUAUUCAAGACCAUCCCGAUCUUCUUAUUCAAGACCAUCAAGAUCAAGCUACUCUAGACCAUCCAGAUCUUAUUCUUCAUCAAGAUCCUCAUCCUACAGACCAUCCUACAGACCAUCCUACAGAGGUAGAAGAUAA